CCGCUGCUGGAGCCGGGGCCGAGUGGGAUCCCGGUCCGCCCGCUCCCUCCUCCUCCUCCUCCGUCCCUCCCAGCGCUGCUGCGGACAAAGGCGGCGUUGGCGGCCCGCGGGAAUGGCGGUGGGCGGCGGGUGACCCGCGGCGCCGAGCGGGGGGAGCCCCUGCGGCGGGGCUGGGCCCGGCCCGGCCAUGGGGUUCCUGCACCAGCUCCAUCUCCUGCUCUGGAAGAACGUGACGCUGAAGCGGCGCAGCCCGUGGGUGUUGGCCUUUGAGAUCUUCAUCCCCCUCGUGCUCUUCUUCAUCCUCCUGGGGCUGCGGCAGAAGAAGCCGACCAUCCCUGUGAAGGAAGUUUCCUUCUACACGGCGGCCCCGCUCACCUCGGCCGGGAUCCUGCCCGUCAUGCAGUCCCUGUGCCCCGACGGGCAGCGCGACGAGUUCGGCUUCCUGCAGUACUCCAACUCCACGGUCACCCAGCUGCUGGAGCACCUCAGCGAGGCUGUGGAGCAGAGCAGCCUCUUCGACCCGCAGCACCCGGGGCUGGAGGAGGAGCUGGAGUCGCUGCGCCGGCGCCUGGAGGCUCUGAGCACCAGCGAGCCCAGCUCCAUGGAGACACACUUCAGCAGCCCCGCAGGAUCCGGCUUCACUCUGGCGUGGGCAGCCAAGGACCGGGGCGAGCUGCAGCGCUUCCUGACACAGAACCUGUCCCUGCCCAACAACACAGCUGAGCUGCUCCUGGGCUCCAGCAUCGACCUGAGGGAGGUGUACCACCUGCUGUUUGGCUCCUUUCCCUUGGUACCUGAUGAGACCCACGAGCGAGACCUGUGGGAUGGAUUUGGCCAUGGUGAGAAGAUGACACAGCUGGAGAGGAGGCUCCCCAGCAGCUGGAGGAGCGUGCGGGAAGGGCUGGUGCAGCGGGCUCUGCGGGAGCCUGCGGCAGCCCCGCGCCGCCCCGCGCUGCUCCGCCUGCUCUCCCAGGCCCUGGGCCUGGCCAGCGCCGCCCCGGCACCCGCCCCCGACAGCCCCCAGGCCUUGGUCACCGACAUGGAGGGUGUCCUGCUGACAGGCCCGGUGCUGGAGCAGCUGACGUGUGAGCAGAGCCCCGGGGCGCUGCGUCGCCUCCUGCACGUGGCCCCUGGGCAGCAGCCGCUGCUGCAGACGUACCGAGCGCUGGCCUGCAACGGCAGCCGUGCCGCCCGCCGGGCACGCUUCGGGCAGCUGGCCACCGAGCUGAGGGACCAGCUGGACACCCCCAAGAUCAUCAGCAGGCUGCGGCUGGACGAGCUGAACAGCACGGCCGCCCAGCACCGCCUGCGUGCCCUCCUGGAGGACCUGCUGGAGCUGGAGAAGGUUCUCCGUGACGUGGACAUCCUCUCUGCUCUGGCCAAGCUGCUGCCCCGGGGAGCCUGUGCCAGCAAGGCCCCGUUGCCCACUGCCAACAGCACGGGCUGGGCCGGUGCCAACGCCACCUCUGGCAAUGCCACGGCGGAGGAGGAGGAUGCCGGGGGCGGCCCGGCCGGUGCUGACAACCCCCAGGGCCAGUUCUCAGCCUUUGUGCAGCUCUGGGCUGGGCUGCAGCCCAUCCUCUGCGGCAACAACCGGACGAUCGAGCCCGAGGCGCUGAAACAGGGCAACAUGAGCUCACUGGGCUUCACCAGCAAAGAGCAGCGGAACCUGGGCCUCCUUGUGCAUCUGAUGACCAGCAACCCCAAAAUCCUCUAUGCACCUGUGGGCACUGAAGUGGACAAAGUCAUCCUGAAGGCCAACGAGACCUUUGCCUUCGUGGGCAACGUCACCCACUAUGCCAAGGCAUGGCUGACCAUCUCCCCGGAGAUCCGUGCCUACCUGGAGGAGGGCAGGCUGCAGAGACGCAUCCGCUGGCUCCAGCGGUUCACUGCUGACCUCCACAAGCACCCAGAGAUCCUGAAUGUCUCCGACAGCGAUGUUCUCCACAACUUCCUCAACGGCAACUUCUCGCUGCCCAACGCCAGUGUGCUGCUCCAGCAGCUGGACACCAUCGACAAUGCUGCCUGUGGCUGGGUCCACUUCAUGGCCAAGGUCAGCGUGGACAUCUUCAAAGGCUUCCCAGAUGAGGAGAGCAUUGUCAACUACACCCUGAACCAGGCCUACCAGGACAAUGUCACAGUCUUUGCCAGUGUCAUCUUCCAGACCAACAGGGACGGGUCUCUGCCCCCUCACGUCAUGUACAAGAUCCGGCAGAACUCCAGCUUCACCGAGAAGACCAACGAGAUCCGCCGUGCGUACUGGCGGCCCGGCCCCAACACCGGCGGCCGCUUCUACUUCCUCUACGGCUUCGUCUGGAUCCAGGACAUGAUGGAGCGUGCCCUCAUCAACACCUUUGUUGGCCAUGACGUGGUGGAGCCUGGCAACUACGUGCAGAUGUUCCCGUACCCGUGUUAUACCCGGGACGACUUCCUCUUUGUCAUUGAGCACAUGAUGCCCCUGUGCAUGGUGAUCUCCUGGGUCUACUCCGUGGCCAUGAUGAUCCAGCACAUCGUGACUGAGAAGGAGCAUCGCCUGAAGGAGGUGAUGAAGAUGAUGGGCUUGAACAACGCAGUGCACUGGGUGGCCUGGUUCAUCACGGGCUUCGUGCAGCUCUCCAUCUCGGUCACGGCGCUCACUGCCAUCCUCAAGUACGGCAAAGUGCUGAUGCACAGUGACGUCCUCAUCAUCUGGCUCUUCCUCGCCAUCUACGCCGUGGCCACCAUCAUGUUCUGCUUCCUGGUGUCAGUGCUCUACUCCAAGGCCAAGCUGGCCUCAGCCUGUGGUGGCAUCAUCUACUUCCUGAGCUACGUGCCCUACAUGUACGUGGCCAUCCGGGAGGAGGUGGCUCACGACAAGAUCACGGCCUUUGAGAAGUGCAUCGCGUCCCUCAUGUCCACCACGGCCUUUGGGUUGGGCUCCAAGUACUUUGCUCUGUAUGAGGUGGCUGGUGUGGGCAUCCAGUGGCACACUUUCAGCCAGUCGCCUGUGGAAGGAGACGACUUCAACCUCCUGCUGUCAAUGAUGAUGCUGGUGGUGGAUGCCGUGGUGUACGGGGUGCUCACGUGGUACAUUGAGGCUGUGCACCCGGGAAUGUUCGGCUUGCCACGGCCCUGGUACUUCCCCUUCCAGAAGUCCUACUGGCUGGGCAACGGGCGAGUGGAGACCUGGGAGUGGACGUGGCCCUGGUCCCGCACCACCCGCCUCAGCAUCAUGGAGGAGGAUCAGGCCUGUGCCAUGGAGAGCCGGCGGCUGGAGGAGACACGGGGCAUCGAGGAGGAGCCCACCCACCUGCCCUUGGUGGUCUGCAUUGACAAGCUCACCAAGGUCUACAAGACAGACAAGAAGCUGGCACUGAACAAGCUGAGCCUCAACCUCUACGAGAACCAGGUGGUGUCCUUCCUGGGGCACAACGGCGCGGGCAAAACCACCACCAUGUCCAUCCUCACUGGCUUGUUCCCCCCGACCUCGGGCUCUGCCACCAUCUACGGCCACGAUAUCCGCACGGAGAUGGACGAGAUCCGGAAGAACCUGGGCAUGUGUCCCCAGCACAACGUGCUGUUUGACAGGCUGACGGUGGAGGAGCACCUCUGGUUCUACUCACAGCUCAAGAGCAUGGCAGAGGAGGAGAUCCGCAAGGAGAUGGACAAGAUGAUUGAGGACCUGGAGCUGUCCAACAAACGGCACUCCCUGGUGCAGACCCUCUCGGGGGGCAUGAAGAGGAAGCUGUCUGUGGCCAUUGCCUUCGUGGGUGGGUCACGGGCCGUGAUCUUGGAUGAGCCCACAGCCGGCGUGGACCCGUACGCACGCAGGGCCAUCUGGGACCUCAUCCUCAAGUACAAGCCAGGGAGGACCAUCCUGCUCUCCACACACCACAUGGACGAGGCCGACCUGCUGGGUGACCGCAUCGCCAUCAUCUCCCACGGCAAGCUCAAGUGCUGCGGCUCCCCGCUCUUCCUCAAGAGCACCUACGGCGAUGGCUACAAGCUGACAGUGGUGAAGAAGCAGUCAGACACCAGGAACUGCACAGAGCCAGGCCAGCCACACAGCCCCCCAGGCCACUCCGCUGUCAGCCCCUGCUCGGAGCCACGCGUCUCCCAGUUCAUCAAGAAAUACGUGGCCUCCUGCCUCCUCAUCUCAGACACCAACACAGAGCUCUCCUACAUCCUGCCCAGCGAGGCUGUCAAGAAGGGCUGCUUUGAGAGGCUCUUCCAGCACCUGGAGCAGAGCCUGGAGGAGCUGGACCUCACCAGUUUUGGGUUGAUGGACACCACGCUGGAGGAGGUCUUCCUGAAGGUGUCUGAGGAGGACCAGUCUCUGGAGAACAGUGACGUGGACAUGAAGGAGUCCAAGAAGGACGCCCUACAGCCGCCCGCCCCCGAGCUGGGCCCGAAGCCCGAGGCCAACGGCGAGUCCCUGGCCGAGGCGGCCGUGCCGGAGAAGCCCGAGGUGGAGCUCAGCAACCUGGUGACGUGCUCCAGGCUGGCGCAGUCGCAGGCGUCGCUGCAGUCGGGCUCCUCGGUGGGCUCGGUGCGGGGGGACGAAGGUGGGGCCUAUUCCGAGUUCUUUGGGGACUACGCGCCCCUGUUCGAUAACCGCCAGGACCCCGAUAACAUCAGUCUGCAAGAGCAAGAGGCCGAGGCAGAGGACCGUGACCUGGAUGGGCAGGGCAGCUUCAAGCUGGAAGGCUCGUGGCUGAAGCUGCGCCAAUUCCACGGGCUGAUUGUCAAACGCUUCCACUGUGCCAAGCGCAACACCAAGGCGCUGUUCUCCCAGAUCCUGCUGCCCGCCUUCUUCGUCUGCGUGGCCAUGACCGUGGCACUCUCUGUGCCUGAAAUAGGUGACCUGCCCCCGCUCAUCCUCUCACCAUCACAGUACCACAACUACACACAGCCCAAGGGCAACUUCAUUCCUUACGCCAACGAGGAGCGGCGUGAGUACCGCCUCAGGCUGUCUCCCGAUGCCAGCCCGCAGCAGCUGGUCAACACCUUCCACCUGCCCUCCGGCGUGGGGGCCACUUGCGUGCUCAAAACAGCCUUCAACAACACGCUGGACCAGCCCAUGCAGACCCUCAACCUCAACAGCAACGAGUCCAAGAUGCUGGCAGCCAAGUACUUCGAUGCCAUGUGCAUUGACUCCUUCACCCAGGGGCUGCCCCUCUCCAACUUCGUGCCGCCGCCGCCCUCCCCAGCCCCCUCUGACUACCCCGUCUCGGUGGAUGAGGAUCUGCUCCGUGCCUGGAACUCCACCACCUUCUCCUCUGCAGUCAAAGAGACCGUCACCUCGGCCCCAGCUCUGCCCCGCAUCAUCCACGAGCCCAUCAGGUGCACAUGCUCCAUGCAGGGCACCGGCUUCUCCUGCCCCAGCGGCGUGGGGGGCCACCCCCCGCAGAUGAAGGUGGUGACAGGGGACAUCCUGGCAGACAUCACGGGCCGCAACGUCUCCGAGUACCUGCUCUACACCUCGGAUCGCUUCCGGCUGCACAGGUACGGGGCUCUCACCUUUGGCAAUGUCCAGAAGUCCAUCCCGGCCUCCUUCGGGGCCAGGGCUCCGGCCACCGUGCGCAAGAUCGCCGUGCGCAGAGCAGCCCAGGUCUUCUACAACAACAAGGGCUACCACAGCAUGCCCACCUACCUCAACGCCCUCAACAAUGCCAUCCUGAGAGCCAACCUGCCCAAGAGCAAAGGCAACCCUGCUGCCUAUGGCAUCACAGUCACCAACCACCCCAUGAACAAGACGAGCGCCAGCCUGUCCCUGGAUUACCUCCUGCAAGGCACAGACGUGGUGAUCGCCAUCUUCAUCAUCGUGGCCAUGUCCUUCGUGCCAGCCAGCUUCGUGGUGUUCCUGGUGGCUGAGAAGGCCACCAAGGCCAAACACCUGCAGUUUGUGAGCGGCUGUGACCCCGUCAUCUACUGGUUGGCCAACUACGUGUGGGACAUGCUGAACUACCUGGUGCCAGCCACGUGCUGCAUCAUCAUCCUCUUUGUGUUCGACCUCCCGGCCUACACCUCUCCCACCAACUUCCCUGCCGUCCUCUCCCUCUUCCUGCUCUAUGGCUGGUCCAUCACCCCCAUCAUGUACCCAGCCUCCUUCUGGUUCGAAGUGCCCAGCUCUGCCUACGUCUUCCUCAUCGUCAUCAACCUCUUCAUCGGCAUCACGGCCACCGUCGCCACGUUCCUGCUGCAACUCUUCGAGCACGACAAGGAUCUGAAGGUGGUGAACAGCUACCUGAAGAGCUGCUUCCUCGUAUUCCCUAACUACAACCUGGGCCAUGGUUUGAUGGAGAUGGCCUACAACGAGUACAUCAACGAAUACUACGCCAAGAUUGGGCAGUUUGAUAAAAUGAAGUCACCCUUCGAGUGGGACAUCGUGACGCGGGGGCUCGUUGCCAUGACAAUCGAAGGCUUCGUCGGCUUCUUCAUCACCAUCAUGUGCCAGUACAACUUCUUCAGGAAGCCGCAGCGCCUGCCCGUCUCCACCAAACCCAUCGAGGACGACGUGGACGUGGCCAACGAGCGGCAGCGGGUGCUGCGCGGCGACGCCGACAACGACAUGCUCAAGAUCGAAAACCUCACCAAGGUGUACAAGUCCCGUAAGAUCGGGCGCAUCCUGGCCGUGGACCGGCUGUGCGUGGGCGUGCGGCCGGGGGAGUGCUUCGGGCUGCUGGGAGUCAAUGGUGCAGGCAAGACCACCACCUUCAAGAUGCUGACAGGAGAUGAGAGCACCACGGGAGGAGAGGCCUUCGUUAAUGGGCACAGCAUCCUGAAGGAGCUGCUGCAGGUGCAGCAGAGCCUGGGCUACUGCCCGCAGUUCGACGCACUCUUCGAUGAGCUGACGGCACAGGAGCACCUGGAGCUCUACACCCGCCUGCGUGGCAUCCCCUGGAAGGACGAGGAGCGGGUGGUCAAGUGGGCACUGAAGAAGCUGGAGCUGACCAAGUACGCCGACAAGCCCGCCAGCACCUACAGCGGGGGCAACAAGAGGAAGCUGUCCACGGCCAUCGCGCUCAUCGGAUACCCAGCCUUCAUCUUCCUGGAUGAGCCCACCACGGGGAUGGACCCCAAGGCCCGGCGCUUCCUCUGGAACCUCAUCCUGGAUGUCAUCAAGACGGGCCGUUCCGUGGUGCUCACGUCCCACAGCAUGGAGGAGUGCGAGGCGCUCUGCACCCGCCUGGCCAUCAUGGUCAACGGCCGCCUCAAGUGUCUGGGCAGCAUCCAGCACCUGAAGAACAGGUUCGGCGACGGCUACAUGAUCACGGUGCGCACCAAGUCCAGCCUCAACGUCAAGGAGGUGGUGAGGUUCUUCAACCGCAACUUCCCCGAGGCCAUCCUCAAGGAACGGCACCACACCAAGGCCCAGUACCAGCUGAAGUCGGAACAGAUCUCGCUGGCACAGGUCUUCAGCAAGAUGGAGCAGGUGGUGGAUGUGCUGGGCAUUGAGGACUACUCUGUCAGCCAGACCACGCUGGACAACGUGUUUGUGAAUUUUGCCAAGAAGCAAAGCGACAACCUGGAGCAGCAGGAGACGAGCCCCAGCUGUGCCCUGCAGUCGCCUCUGGAGCGGGUGCUGAGCCUGCUGCGGCCCCGCGCCGCCCCCACCGAGCUGCGGGCGCUCGUGGUGGAGGAGCAGGAGGAGCUGGAGACCGACGACGAGGGUCUCAUCAGCUUCGAGGAGGAGAGGGCUCAGCUCUCCUUCAACACGGACACGCUGUGCUGAGGCCUCUGCCGCCCCUUCGCCCCGCCGAGCCGUGGGCACACGUGUGCCAGGGAGGACACAGCCCCAGCACGGAUGGACCUUGGGAGCUGCCCCCGUGCCACCAGCCCCUUCGGCUCCAGGGCUGUGUCGCUGCGUGGUGCCAGGGGCACCGGUUGCGCCCACCAGCACGUGCCAUGGAUGGAGACUGUGGAGAGCAGGAGGCCCCACGUGCCCCGUGGCACAGACACGGCCUGUGUGUGGUGCCUUUGCUGGGACACCCAUGUUGCACCCACCCUGGGAACACUGCUGCGGGCACAGCUGCCGCUCCCUGGCAAGGCUGGGGGAAGGACGGCUGCUUUCACCUUGUUCCCCUCACCCCUGGCCCUUGGCACCGGCCCCUGGCGCUGCGGGGCAGGAGCUCUGGUGCUUCACCCGUGACUGGGGUGACACUGCCGGGGUGUCACCGGUGCCCUCGUGCCGCCCUCACCUGUGUCCUGCCCACCCACGGGGUGCCACGCGUCCCCUCCCCAGCUGGGCAGGGGGCAGAGGGGCAUCUCACAGGGUAUCUCACACACUGGCACCAGCUGUUUCUUCCCUCUGCCCCCAGCCAGGCCCCUGAGCCCCUCACCCUGCGUCCUGCUGCCCUGGCCGCCCAUUUCCCCACCGUAGGGCAUGGCUGCGGCCGUGCCAGCUUCCCGCUCCCUGCCCCUCCUGCUCCCCCUUGCCCUGGCGCCCACUGCUCAGGUGCCAGCCCUGGACAGGAGCCACCCCUCUGGUUUCUCAGCGUUGGGUCACUGGUGGUACUGGGAGAGGGGCUGCUACAGCCCGGGAUGGCAUCUGAAGCGGUGUGGGAUGGCCGUGAGCUACGAGGAUGUGCCAGGUCGGCUGGGCACGGCACAGCCUGGCAGUGGUGCCCGCGGUGUUGGGGAAGGGAGGAAGGGCUGUGUAUAGGGGGCAGCGGGGUCUCUGUGGCCAACAGUGCCCCUCCUUUCUGCAGAGGGUCCUGCCCCCUCCCAUGGAGCUGUGCCUGCCCCCCCCAGCCGUGCCCUGAGGUGGGGUGAUGGCAGGGUCUGUGAGCUGCCCUGAGCACCCCCUGGGCUGUUGCAGACCCCAGGGGGGCCGUGCCCACUCCUCCCUCCUUCCCAGGGAGCAGCAGGGCCGGGCUGCCCGUGUGUGCCCUUCCUGCCUCCCUGGCACUGGCUCGACUGGAGGCCCCACUUGGGCUCCUGCCCAUUGCCAAGCUGGCAGCAGCAGGCAGCCAGGCUGGGGAGCAGGCUGAGGGCUGGGGGGGAUCGGGGACAGCCCUGACCCCGCUGGGCACCGCAGCGGAGGCAGAGCCCGUGUGCCAGCUGCUCCGGGCCGUGGUACAAUACUCAGUGUUUUCACUAGGGGAAGGGGGGGAGAUGAGCUCUAUUUUCAGAUUUUUCAGACCAUAUUUUUUUUAAUGGCGUUCUGGGAACCGGCUGGUGCAGGGCUGGGUGGCACGGCUGGGCACAGCCCCCCGGCGUGCCCUCUGCUCCCCUGUGCCCGCGGGGAGAGGGGACGGGGUCACCUUUGGGGGUGGGCACAGGGCCGUGCUCUGCGCUCUGCGUGUGUGUGGGGGGUGGGGGUCUCUCCUCGCCCCUUGCCCAUCCCACGGCCACGUUGCUCAGGGCUCUGGGAGGGCACCGGCACCCCCUCCCCGUCCCCCCCCAUCCCCAUCGCCCCUCACUGCCGUGCCCCCGGCUUUCGGCGGUCAAUGGAGCUGCCUCUGUGCCCGCAGCGCCCUCGGGGGUCUCUGUGCCGGGGAGGGGGUGGGCGGGCAUCGCCCGGGGCAGGGCGGCCGCUGCCUUAACACUUCGCUUCCCCUCGCUUUGCCCCCUCCCCUGCGCGCGUCCUCGCCACGGGCACGGGGCGGCGGGGGAGGGGGCCGGGGGGCUGCCUUGGGGGAGCCUGUACAUUGCAAGCAGAGAAACAACAACCACCGGGGUGAAACGUGAGAAUAACGGUCGUUUUAAAUAAAAAACAAUA